UGUAUCUUUAGGUACUUUUGUUAAAUCUAUUUCAAAACAAGUUUAAGUUUGAACUGCAGAGUUGCAAAAAACGUUCAAAAAUAUAAUGUAAACAUUCAAGAAAUCAAUUGAUAUGUGCAUAUAAUACUUAUGAAUUAUAAUUCGUCCCACAGUCCGCUCAUUUAAAUUUCAAAUCAUAAUAGUCUGUGCCAGAAGUUUGAAGAUUUUGUUCUCAAGAAAAUAUCUAAAAUCAAUCCAAAAAUGACUUAUAAGUUGCUAAAGAGGGCUCUAAGUACUUCGACGUAUCGAAGUCGCCCUCAAGUAUGUAUUGUGGGUGCUGGACCGGCCGGAUUUUAUGCGGCGAUGCAUCUUACAAAGAAAUUGGAGUCCGUAAACAUUGAUAUAUUGGAAAAAUUGCCUGUGCCCUUUGGACUUAUAAGGUAUGGUGUGGCUCCAGAUCAUCCAGAAGUAAAGAAUGUUAUAAACCAGUUUACUAAAGUAGCACAACAACCCAAUGUUAAUUUCUAUGGAAACAUAACUUUGGGUAAAGAUGUUCAUCUGCAUCAGUUGAGACAACAUUAUGAUGCAGUCCUAUUGUCAUAUGGUGCUGAAGAAGAUAAAACCCUUGGUAUAGAGAAUGAAGAUGCAACCAAUGUUAUUGCUGCACGGAGAUUUGUGGGAUGGUAUAAUGGACUGCCCUGGGACAAAGAUUUGAAGGUUGACCUUUCCGGCAGAACAGCAGUUAUUCUUGGUCAAGGAAAUGUUGCCCUUGAUGUGGCAAGAAUAUUACUUAUGCCAAUUGAUGAACUAAAGAAAACUGAUAUAACAGAGCAUGCACUCAGUGCUUUAUCAGAAUCUAAAUUAAAAGAAGUAUACUUGGUAGGCAGAAGAGGACCCUUACAAGUAGCUUUUACCAUAAAGGAACUCAGAGAACAACUAAAGUUGAAAAACUGUAGAACAAUAUGGAAUGAAAAAGACUUUGUUAAUGUUGACAAAAUAGUGCCAGAUCUACCUCGCCCUCGCAAAAGAUUGACUGAACUUAUGCUAAAAUCAUUAAAUGAAAACCAAACUAUAACAGAUGAUGAUCACACCAAGUAUUUCAAACCAGUAUUCUUUAGAAGUCCAAAUAAAUUCUUGGUUGAUCAAAACAACCAAUUGACCGGGAUUGAACUAACAUAUACUAAACUUGUAGGAGAUAAACUGGAAGAACAGAGAUGUGUGCCUACUGAAGAGAAAGACAUACUCAAUUGUGAUUUAGCAUUCAGGAGCAUAGGUUACAAGAGUAUUCAGGCAGAUAAAGAUUUAAUAUUGAAUCAUGGAGUAGUAGAAAAUAAUAAAGGAAUUGUUGAAGAUAGUGCAGGCCUAGGAAAACUUUAUGUAGCAGGUUGGCUUGGCACUGGGCCUGUUGGUGUAAUAUUACAUACAAUGGGAAAUGCAUUCCAAGUAGCUAAAAUUAUACUUGAAAAUUUAAGCAACACUGACAACAACUAUAAUAAAAGUGGUUUCACAGAAAUAAAGAAAAUAAUUAGUGAAAAUAAUGGCAAUGUUAUUGACUGGGGUGGCUGGGAAAAAAUAGAUAAGUUUGAAAAAGAACAGGGGAAAGUGAAAGGUAAGCCUCGUGAAAAGGUUUGCAGUGUGGAAAAGAUGAUUGAGAUAGCUAAAAACUAGAUAUUGUAAAUAAGUUAUUAUCAUAUUAGUUUUUAAGGAAAUAAUAAAUUGUACAUUGUGUAUGGAGGGUA